UGACAGAACAACACACAGCUUAUGCUUUUAAUCAUUCAUGGCGACAUGUACGACGAAUGUAACGACGCCGUCUGGGCCUUCCCUUCCCUUUCCUUCCCACGCUUUUCUCUCUCACUUUCACAACACAAAAUGUUUCAGUAGAAAAUCAAAAGAGAAAGAAGAUAGAGGAAAAUUACAACCAUUAACCAAAAAGCCUUCAGAAGAUUGUAUAGGCUCGCCUUUUGAAUCAAACAAAGUGAAUCAAGCUGACUCUAGCUUUAUCUGAAUCUGAAAAAUUCGAAGAAUCUAUUGGGUUGUUUUUGUUUUCGUAUUUUGUUUUCCAGAUUUUGGCAAAUUAUGCUUAGACCAUCACUCUGUUGAUUCUUGCAUAUUAGAUAGUUGGUUUGCUAGAAUCGGGGAUUUCUAGGGUACACGAAUUGUGAAAAACACCAUGGACAGCAUACAAGAUCUGAUCGAGGAAGCUAAACUUCGGACGGUGUGGUGGAUUCUCUGUAUAUUUUCAGUGUCGUACUUCUUGACGCAUACUAGUAAAUCCAUGUUAAUGAAUAUCCCUAUAGCGAUACUCUUUGUCGGUGGACUAAGGAUAUUGCUUAAUGAGGUGGAAUUCCGCUGGAAGGUUCGGAAUAACAGACCGAUGUCCUACUUGUCACAUUUAGAAAAGAAGCAGCUUUCAGUGAAUGAUUCUCGUCUUACUACCCUGCCAGCCCCACCAAAGUGGAAAAGGAAAAUAGAUUCCCCUGUUGUGGAAGCAGCUAUUGAGGACUUUGUCAACAAGCUUUUGCAUGACUUUGUCAUUGAUUUGUGGUAUUCUGAUAUCACGCCUGACAAAGAGGCACCAGAGCUAAUACAUGGUAUAGUCAUGGAUGUUCUUGGUGAAGUAUCUGCGAGAGUGAAAGAACUAAACCUUGUUGACCUGUUAACAAGGGAUGUAGUUGACUUGAUAGGGGAUCAUCUUGAUCUCUUCAGAAGAAACCAGGCUGCCAUCGGAGUGGAUGUUAUGGGCACAUUGUCUUGUGAAGAAAGGGAUGAAAGAUUGAAACACCAUCUUAUGGCCUCUAAGGAGCUUCACCCUGCUUUGAUAUCUCCAGAGUGUGAGUACAAGGUUCUUCAGCGGCUCAUGGGCGGGCUUUUAGCUGUUGUGCUUAGACCAAGGGAGGCCCAAUGUCCCUUAGUCAGAUGCAUUGCUCGUGAACUCUUAACGUGCUUGGUAAUGCAACCUGUUAUGAAUUUCGCAAGCCCCGAGUAUAUUAAUGAGUUGAUUGAAUACAUUAUCCUUGCUUACAACGAUGAGGGAGGCACGGAUGCCACCGAUAAUUUUUCUAAUGUGGAGGGUCGUAAACGUCAGCAGCAGACAGAUUCUGGGGAACAUGGUCAAAACAGUGAAUCCAAUUUGAAGAAAAAUGCACCUUCUAACAAUCAAGGAACUGACUUGUCUUUGGUUCAAUCUGAGUAUAAAAGGAAGAAACAGGAGUUGGGUGACUCAGGUGAUCUUUUAACUGGCACAAUGCUGGAUGAAAACAUGCACACUGGGCAUGCUGAGUGGGUUAAAGUGUUUGAGGCGGCAACCCAGAGAAGAACUGAAGUUCUAAUGCCUGAAAAUCUUGAAAACAUGUGGGCAAUAGGAAGAAACUAUAAAAAGAAACUCCAAAAGAAAGGUGCUCCAGGGCAUCAUGCUCCGGAAGUUACAGGUUUGGCAAACAGCACAUUUGCUACAAAAGAUUUGGUGACUGAAGCGGCUAAGCGGAAGCCUCAAACAUAUGACCGAGUAGAAGACAAAGUUUUUAUGCAACUACCCCCCAGGCCCCAACAAGAUACUCGACCGAGUGAUCUCAGUACUGAUUCUUUAAGCAGUUCUCAAGAGCUUAAUAAGGAUGUGUUUCCGAAGGAUAAAAGCUCUAGUUUACAUGAGUUGGAUAUUUCCUGCGAAAGUAAAAAUAGGCUCAAACGAUCAAACAGCACAUCUGACUUGAAAAUUCAGCCCAAUCUGGGAAAUAUGCUUGUCAGUAAAAGCAGUACUCCCAUCAUUAAUGAAUACUAUAGUGCAGAUGUCGAUAAACUUAACAUGCAGAACAUUAGUAGUGGUUCAAAUAUGGUAUUACGCCAUGAAGGAAUGCAUAUCCCAAAGCUCAGAUGUAGGAGUUGCUUCAUGGCACAGAAUUCUCAUUUUUUAUUUAACACUUAUUCUUCUAUUAUAUGUUUUCUAAUGAUAAUCUAUCCGUUGGCUGGGUAUUCUGGUUUGCAGGUGGUUGGAGCGUACUUUGAGAAACUUGGCUCAAAAUCUUUUGCAGUUUACUCUAUUGCUGUGACCGGUGCAGAUAACACCACAUGGUUUGUGAAAAGAAGAUACCGGAACUUCGAGAGAUUGCAUAGGCAUCUUAAGGAUAUCCCCAAUUAUACAUUACAUUUGCCUCCUAAAAGGAUAUUCUCGUCAAGUACAGAGGAUGCCUUUGUCCACCAGCGCUGCAUACAGCUUGACAAGUAUCUUCAGGAACUCUUGUCAAUUGCUAAUGUUGCUGAGCAACAUGAGGUGUGGGAUUUUCUAAGUGCCUCCUCGAAGAAUUACGCUUUUGGGAAAUCUCCUUCUGUGAUGAGGACUCUGGCUGUUAAUGUUGAUGAUGCUAUGGAUGAUAUCGUACGCCAAUUCAAAGGGGUAUCUGAUGGCCUUAUGUGGAAAGUUGGUGGCUCACCUUCAUCUUCUUUUGGACAAACUUCUUCUGUUGUGCCCAAAAGUCUUUCCUGGAAUACUGAUGAUAUAAACAAGUUGGCUUUAAGACCAAGUACCUCAGAGUCAUUGAACAGUUUCUCUGACAAUGAUGAUGGGGAUAAAGAUGUGGGCCAUGGCGAACAAGAAGUCGAGGCUGUGACCCGAGCUAGUGGUUUGCAUUCAGACUAUGAGUUAAGCUCAAAGGGGUUCCCAACAAGGGUGGUUAAGCACGAUGAAGAUGUCGGUAACUUUGUUUCUGAAGAGAUAGCUAGUUCGAGGUCGAAAUCGGAGUUAAAUUCCAUGAGCAGAUAUCCAGAACAAAAUCUGUCCUUAUCAUAUGUUCCUCAAGAGGACCCGUCUGCGGUUCCUCCAGAGUGGACGCCUCCAAAUUUGAGUGUUCCAGUUCUGAAUUUAGUUGAUAAUGUAUUUCAGCUCAAGAGAAGGGGCUGGCUAAGGAGGCAGGUCUUUUGGAUAUCAAAGCAGAUAUUGCAGUUGGUCAUGGAAGAUGCCAUUGAUGACUGGCUGUUGAGGCAAAUCCAAUGGCUCCGCAGGGAUGAUGUUAUCGCACAAGGGAUUCGGUGGGUCCAAGAUGUUCUGUGGCCUGGUGGCACAUUCUUCCUGAGAUUGCGUGCUCAAAAUCAACAAAGUGGCUGUGAAGAAUCCCAGCAGACGAGGAAAUCUGGAGGGACGAGGCUCCCACAGCCUGGGUCUUUCGAACAACAGCUGGAAGCUGCCCGCAGGGCUAGUGAUGUGAAGAAGAUGAUAUUCAAUGGUGCUCCCACAACUCUGGUCAGCUUAAUCGGGAACAAGCAAUACAGGCGCUGUGCAAGGGAUAUUUACUAUUUUCUUCAGUCCACAGUCUGUUUGAAGCAACUUGGCUAUGGAAUUCUGGAACUUGUUCUGAUAUCUAUUUUCCCGGAAUUACGUGACGUCGUGAUGGAUAUUCACGAGAAGAAUGAAUGGUGAGCUAAUGUGGUGAAGCUAAGUUUUGAUUGUUAUUUUUUGCCUUCUCUCAGUGUGUGAAGAUGGUCAAAAUCUCCAGCACUAGUUUUUGUGCUGAUAAAAUGUUCAAAAUUAAUGGAGAAAGUAUGUGCGGUUAGCUAUUUUAGAAUAUGAGAUGUGCAUUUGUGCAGUAUUUGAUGCUUUUUUUCCUUCUUUUUUUUUCUUUUUCUUUUUCGUAUGGACCAACUCUAUUCAUUAUGUAUAGAAUGUAAGAUAUCCGUAUGUAGGGUCAUUAUUAUUAUUAUUAUUAUU